GCUACCAACUUUGCAGCUUCCAAAAUUCCUUGGUGUCAAUGCGUAGAUAUAAUUGCAAUGAGCUAGUAUAGGGCCUCUCUCGUGACUCGGGCACGUCGUUUGAUAUUGCAGCGAUGGCUGCGAAACCCCAACAAGCGGGCACCGGCAGAAAACCUCUAAAUGAAAGCGAGGCAAAGAGCCAGAAGCGAACCCUAGAGCUAUUAGCGGAGGACUGCAAGCGCAUUUGCACAACCAACGUCGGGAAGCCCUUCACCACGCUCCAGGAUGCCAUUGAGCACCUCUUGCCAUUCCAUGUGCUGAGCAGCCUUUCUGGUGAUGACGUGGACGAGGAGGAGGCUGCGGCGGCCGCGGAAGAGGGUGCGCGGCUGCUGUGCACGCGACGGGACCUGGCGCAGGAGCUGGCUACGCGGCGUGCGGUGGAGCUGCACGUGAAGGUGGACGAGAUGCGGCAACGCCUGGUGAAGCUGGAGGACCGCUACCGCACGCGGCACUCCCGGCCGCUGCCGGAGGAGGAGCUGUUCAUCGCGCAGGUGUUGAAAGAGGUGUCGGAGCGGGCGCUCGAAGCGGAGCGCGCGAAGCCCCCCGUCAUGAACUCAGAUUCAGAGUCAGACUCUGAAGAGGGUGAGGACCCCACGCCGGGAGCUGCAGGCCAGCAGUAAGCUGCGAGGCACAUGUGGCGCGUCAGAAACGUGCCCGGAGUUGUAAGGAGUUCCAGUUGACAUAUAAACGGAUGCGAUAUGCACUGGCGUUUGGGGUCGCUACUAGCUGCUUGAACACCAGCGUCAAGCUGGGAGAAUAUGACGCCAUGGACGGACACGCGCGGUUGCGAUGUACAAGGACUAUUGUGACGUAGGGUGGUAGGGCAACGCAACGGCAUUGCAAAAGCUGGGAAUGCCCUGGCGAACUUCCUGGAUGUUGCCCUUGUGUCGAGCCUCGGGCUAAUUGCGGCGGCGGUCUUGCAGGCGUUGCAGCGGCAGGAAAGGUGGCAGCAAUGCGAUGGCCGGCUAUGAUUCUCUGUGCGUUGAGUGAAAGCUAUGCUCUGAGCAGUUAUGAAACCUUACAAUGGAUA